CGCCAGCCGUCAGUGUGUGUGGGACACUUGUGCGGGGAGGGUGUGUCUCUUGUCGUCUCCUCUCGCGUGGCAACACUGAGAGAAAGAGAGAGAGAGAGAGAGAGAGCAUAUGAGUUGCAACUUUUUCGUUUUGGAGUUGGAUCAACGGGAAUAAGAGCCGGCCGGACUUGAGCCACGUCGCUGCCUAAGAAAUCCCUUGUUCUCCGGCCAGACGGCGUUAGCAUGAAAACCCUCUUCAUUCCCGAACCAAAGUAGAAAAGAAUGAGAAUGUUAAACCUUCAGUGACUUUCAUCGGAUUGAGGGAGAUGUGAUUACGCUCAGCGUCAACAUAAAAAGAAGAGAGAAAGAGAGAGAAAAAAAUGUAAAGUAAAAUCUAAUUCACUACCAUGAAAGACAAAGUUUUUUGAGCUUUGACUUUGAACUGGGUUUUAAAAGGUCACUCGCUCUCAGGCGGAGAGGAAAUAUUGGCUGACUCUUUACCCUUAUCUGCACUGAAUCAACACCACUGCGUCACCACCAAGGACUCACCAUCACCGAAUCACCACCAGCGACUCACCAUCGACUCAACUCCCCUGACUCACCAUCACGGACCCGGGAUCGCGGUCUCACCAUCGAGGGAUUCACCAUCUGUGAGCCGCUGCCACAACGCAAUGGAAGGCUGCGGCAGAAUGUACUUCUUUAUUGGUUCACUUUUAACGUACUGGAUCAUUCCCGGAGCUUCACUGCACAUAGCCUCUGGACGAGAUGUCCCCACGCCCGCAGACGAGGACGCGCCCACGAACCUUUCUACGGGCGUGGAGAGCGAGACAGACGGGACCCCAAGACGGACCCCCCCGGCCGACCCCGAGAGAGAGUGGCUGGUGUGCAGCCCUUGCUGGGAGGGGGACGAGUGCCAGCACUACGCUGAUUAUUACGCACCGAGGUUCCUCGUCCAUGCCACGACGGUCGUCCUGAGAGCUAACUCUACAGGCAUUGUGUACAAAUCGUGGAGCACCGACGAGGACCUAGGUCUCACGUGUCCCCUGGGUCCCGGACACUCCGCCAGGUGUCCGUGCGCGGCCGUGGCUUACCAGCUGUUCGCCCCACCUGGCGACCACCACUUCCAGCUGGAUGCCGUCACGGGCUUCCUCACCAGGAACACCAGCAUGUCUCUGGAGGAUGGCAAGACGUACACAUACAAGAUCAUGGUUCAGAGUAUCCCCGUAGCAGGCCAGUCAAAGGACCUCCUCUUCGACCUCAUGGACCUGAAGAUCUACGUGAGUCCUAAUUUCAUCAUGAAGAUUCCCUGGAGUUAACUGGUUCAGGGAACGAAAUUACAAGUCCGCGUGUGAGAGAGAAAGAAAAAGAGGCCACAUUUCAACCUCCAGCGACAGUGCCACGCCCCGAGUGCCAGCCCUUAUAGGCGGGUUGGCACAGACCAAGACGGAGAGCCCACGCCGAAGCCUGCAUCUCACGUGUUUCACUUUUUUUCGGGGGAGCAGCGACGCUCCCAAUCCAGAUAGACGUAAGAGUGGCUGGUUUUCUGCCUGCAGUGAAGGGCAAAUUAAUAAGUGACAUUUCCACAAGCUGAAAAAUAUUUUCCUAGUUUCCAUGAAGAGCUGAACAUUAUUCGUUUUAUUAUGCGAAGCUCUCGGUCACUGUGGAUUGUAGUGUCCGUUGUGUAUAAUGUUUUGAUACGUGGAAAGGAAAAAAAAAAAGUUUCUAGAAUUAUAGAGAGAAAAUGUCAUUAGUGAAAUAGAAUAGUAAACAUAUCAUGAACAAUAAGUGUUGGUCUAGUCAUAAUUAAAAUAAACCACUAUGAUUUUAAAAGAAGGCGAAAGAGUAGAGGAGUAAGUUUACCUUUGUAUUCACGUCCCCCUGGCGGUAAUAUCUGUUAAAGUGAUAUUGUCUUUCUAAAGUCAAUUGUACUGAAAUUGAAAUUGUGACAAAAUAAAUAUACGGAUCUAGAA